CUCUCGCCCCUCGACAACGGCUUGACUGUUCAGCCAGCCAGCCAGUCGAAAUCAGCUGACGACUAUUACUACGGGCAGUUCCUACCACGGCUCCUCAAACGCAACACUGUUCAGGCGCUGAAAAGCAAGAAGAAGGUCAGAAUGCUGAGCAGUUUGGCAAACUACCUACUCGGAGGUAAUAUCUCCGACGCGCAGGAUUCACGGCAAGGGUCCAAUAAUGAAACCCCGGAGUCUCAUCCAGUAAUAGCGAGGCUCAGUCAGGUGGAGAUUGAGGGCGAUGACUGGAUCCUCAUUGACCGUGCUGACAAUCCAGCAAGUUCCACCACUUUCUUCGACUCCAUUUUAGUUGAGGGAACGACGGCGCUGGAGGAGUCGUGGUAUGUAACACCACCCGCAUGUUUUACACGGGCUGGUCCCGUGAACGUAGAAACAUCACCGCUAGAGGACCUACUGAUAGAACAUCCCAGUAUGUCCGUUUACCGAGCCACAGCGCCUUCGAUCGCCCCCGAAACUCCACCGCCAACGCCAGACGCACCGGAAGAGCCAGGCGUCGAGGAGGACGCUCUGACAAACAUCGCUUCCAGUGCACCGGUCACGGCAACACCGGCAUCGCCGGAACGUGCCCCCGGUAGAAGCGAAAAUGAGCGACAAACAACCCGUAGACCAGACACCCACGACGAAAGACCUCGUGCACGCACUGAGAAGAGGAUAGUUCAGCUUCGGUCGGCGCAAAAGGUUUACGAGAAGAGGACAACCCAAGCACUGAAGAGAGGUCGCCUGGAUAGAAGUAACAAGCUGAGGGAAGUGUUGAGCGUAAAAGGCAAGCGGCCGCGCCGCCAAGACCGCUUGCGUAUCCAAAACAGUGGCGCGAACAACAACCGGAAAUGCUAGUCAUUUGAUCUCAGGCCAAGGUGUACUCAUAUACUUUCUUCCUAAAGCGUGAAUAGGCAUAUAACAGAAAAAUCUAUGUUGCAUUGAAAUAACGAUUAAAAGCAAUUAUUAAUAAGAAGAAAGAGAGGAAACCAGUGAGAAAUGGAAAAAAAUAAUGAGAAAAAAUAAGAACAGAGAAGUUCGUUUCUAAAACCUCUAUUUAUCUAUUGCUCGGUGGAACUUAUAAAACAUUAAAAUUAUAUAAAGCAACUAACAAACAGAAGCUAAUUAAAAUACAAAGAAAGAAAAGGUAGUAAUAAAAAUUCUCGUGGAAAAACAAAAGAAAGAAUAUUAGCGAGAAAGAUUAGGCGAAUGGUGUGGUUAUCCUCUCUUAUUAAGUUUUGUUAGUUAAGCCGCUCCUCCGCGUACAAAAGCAUUGAAACAAUUUCCUGUGCAAGAAGGGUUCGUAUCAAGAAGAAAAACUAAUAUCACUUAGCAAAAAAAAAAAAAACAAAAGAAAAAAACAAAAAAAAAGAACAAAAAUAUUCGAUACGAACUUGGCAUCUUGCUGAUGGAAAAGGAAGAAAAGUGAAGAAAAAAGAUAAAAGGGAAGAAAGUAUGAGAAACGUUAUUGGUUCGCGGUGAGAGUCUCAUCUAUAGAAUAUCUCGUGUAUAAUGGCGCGUGUAUGGUACUCAGUUGGAUCGUGUGUAUAAUUUUUAGCCUCUAGUAUGGGCAAAUGUGUUUUUACUCGUACGUUUAACUCGUUAGUUUUUAUUUAAGUCGUUCAUCAAUUUAUGCGCCUGUGUAGCGUAACAGGAGUAUAACUUUUAGUGUAAUAACCGAAACCAGAUCUUAUUUUCCCCGAAAAUCCCAUGGACGUCGCUAUCCUGCUUCUAUAAACCGAUUCACGAUGGUGCGACUUUCAAAUGGCCAGAACCUCACUUCGGGACCAUACCUUUUUAGGUUCACGUUACGAUUAAUUUCUGCUGGAUUUUAUCAACUAUAAAUGGUUGAUUAUAAUUACAAACGUAGUAUAAUUUAUGCGUUACCUUUCAAAACGGCUCCGAAGAUAGCUGAUAGUCGUAGAACGUCCAUUUGAUAGAUGUCGCUGUUCUUCGUGGUGUCUUAUCUUUUUGAAAACACGAGUGUCACGAUUAGACUGCGGAUUUUUCUGCAUUUAUAUGAAAUUUAAAUGUGCAAAACAACGGAAUACACGUGUACAAAAAUAUCUAGAAUAUCCAAGGUAAAGUAUGCAAAUUUCUAUUUAAAUUGCAUCAUUUCACUUAUACAACACCCAAAACAAGAAGAACACAAAAUUGCCUAAAUGUCCACAGUCUACUUGCAACACGUUUUCCUCCAAGCAAUAAAACGCUGUCAGACAAGAGACUGUAGCAAAUGUUUGUCGAUGGACGUUCGUCAAUAAACGUAUUUAUUUAGCGGCACACAUGGUAUGGUACUAUCAACUGAAUAUCGAUUAAACUAAGCGUACCGUUUAGAUAAAGUGAAAACGAGGAUGACACACGCGUCUUGAAGAGAGAAAACGGAAGAAAGCCUUGGCUCCUCUCUCUAAUCGUCUCAACGAAAAUUAUCAAAACUCUUGUCAAUAGUUCUUGGCCUGUCUUACGCAUAGAUAGAAAUCUAAACCUAAAAGUUGACGAGUAAAGAUGAUUCAGUGUCUCGUAAAGGGACAGAAGCAAGGCUUGAACACAAAAUUCUUUCUCUCAAUCUGGAGAAUCGGUCUCUAUAUAGCUGAUGCGCGUUGUAGCGCAGUUUCAAAGUAUUCGCUUUUCGUGGAAGGAUCGAAGGAUGAAGCAAGUGCAAGCUGUCCUGACCGAAACCAGGGAUCUCGUUGACACUGGAUUGGUCGAGUUUCACUCGUUGAGGAUACUUGUACCUGGGCAACUGGUUGGACAAUUGGCCCUCUUGCAUAAUUGGUUAUUAAUGUAACUAACAAUUGCACUCUCAAUAUUAUUAUAUUUAGCGAUGUGAACAAAAUUUUACUCGCUGGUUUCGUUUGGUAAUCAUUAGUAAUGGAUCAUAGAUGCUGUAACACUGUGGAACAAAUUCCUGGUUAAACUCAAUUUUUGUUACAGUUUAUAGUAAUUGGAUUGUAAGUGUUAUGGUAUUUAACGAAUCGAACGAAUUGUUUCAUUCUAUCUUUUGUAAUCAAUACGACGUGUAAUUGGAAUUCAUUAGCUUAACAAUACCGAUUUAAUUGUGCAAGAAAGCCCCGAAAAGAAUUGUAAUUGUCAGUUUGAAGCUCCUCAAGGUGCUCAGGGCGGACUGUUUUCUAAUUUAAGAAAGGAACAUAAGAAACCUAAGUCAGGUUGAGACAAGACAAGUAAACAGUCUGCUUGCAGAUGUGCUAUGUAAUCUUGAAGAACGAACCAGAGUUCAAGUACAAGUAUCAUGGCCAUAAUAGCGAAACAGCUCGAGGAGAGAGAUUGGUGUCGCCAAAAUUGGACUUUUUAUAAAUUCAGACUCGCGUGUCCAAGUAUCGGUGCGAGAUUGUGCAAUAUCGUCGCAAUUAUACAAACUCCCCUCAGAUGAUUUCUUCUAUGAAGAAAACCCGGCGACACCACGUUCAACUCGACAGCAAUCUCGUUUAAAUGAAAUUCAGACUUCUUUGAAGUUUCAAGAAACCACAGAAUGCUAAAGAACAGUCACUGCCUGGAGUGUUUCUUCGAGAGUUGUUUCGUCAAGGCCCUAGAAGCUGGAUAUUGUCCAAAAUAAAAAAAAGUAAAAAAUAAUAAUAAUAAUAAAUAAACUAGUAGCAAUAGAAACUCGUCCGAUCAAACUAUUGGACGAUAGUUGUCAGACAGCUGUGAUUCAAACUGAAUUCGACCUCGGGUGACCCUCUCCUCCGCAAGGAGAAUAGCUAAUCGUGUUUCAAACAGGAAACUUUCCUCCUUUGUGGUCCUAGACUCGUGAAUUUUUCUAAAAAAAAAAAAAAAAACAAAAAAGUAAAAAUGGAAAAAGUAAAAAAAUAUAAAAAAGGGACUUUAAUUAUUCCAGAUCCCACUAGAGAUUCUUCUAAAGCAUUGUAGCCGCCAUCUAGCGAGCUAUUAUAGUACUUAACAGCCUGAUGUGAUCUGGAAUAACUUAGGUUCUCCUAGACACUCUUCAUUGAAGCAAAUUUUUGGCGUAUUAACGAAGUCGAGGACCGCAUUGGAUCCAACUCGAAAUCAGUCUGAUUUUAAAUGAUGUUUCUGUAAAUAAUAAUUAAAGAUGACGAGUGUCGUGAACGAUUAAGAGCUGCGUUCGUUGGUUUGCCAAGCUGCACAAAACUAUAGUUCGAAGGAUAACGAAGUGAGAGAUUACGAAGGAUGUUCCUUGCUCUCGCGGUUAAUUCAUGUGUACACGUGUUAUAUAACGUUUACCUUUCUCUCGUAAGAAACAGUGUUCGUCCUGAAUAAACUCAUUACUGCUGUGUAAUAAAUGUAUUAGAAAAGAAAACAGAAAAUGAUAAAAAGAAAAAAAUGAUAACGAAAAAAAAGGAUUGAUACGAGAAGAAUAGUGUUGACGAUGGGCAAGGUGAUUUUUGUGGCGAGAAUUAACAUACGAUUUUAUGACAUCUUUCAUUGUCGUAUUGAAUCAUGUUAUCUAAAUGUAUGCUCGUACACCUUGACCGUAUAACGAUGGUUAAUAAAACAUUUUAUGUCGCUAA